AUUGUUGUUUGGUGGGCCGGGCUGGAUUCGAACUUGCCAGUUCAGGUGUAUGUGGCUGGUGCCUUAGCCACUUGAGCCACAGGCGCCGAGCCAAAAAAAAAACAACUUUUACAUCCUAAACAGCAGACAUAAAUCAUCCGAAGCCAUCAAAAAUAGCAAUUACUUACAUCUCUUGAACACAAGCAUUCCCAUUUAGUCCUCACGAAUUUUUUUUUUUUUUUGUAGAGACAGAGUCUCACUUUAUCACAGCAACCUCCAACUCCUGGGCUAAGCGCUUUUUUUUUUUUUUUUUUUUUUGUUUUGUUUUUUUUGAGACAGUUUCACAAUGUUGCCCUCUGUAGAGUGCAGUAGCGUCACAGCUCACAGCAACCUCCAACUCCUGGGCUUAGGUGAUUCUCUUGCCUCAGCCUCCCGAGUAGCUGGGACUACUGGCGCCCACCACAACGCCCGACUUUUUUUUUUGUUGUUGUUGUUAUUGUUUCAGUUUGCCAGAGCCAGGUUUGAACCCACCACGCUCGGUAUAUGGGGCCGGCGCCUUAGCCACUGAGCCACAGGCGCCGCCAGUCCUCACGAUUUUCUCAACAUCUUAGAGAGAGGAAACUGAAACAGAGAUUUUUUUUUUUUUUUAGACAGUUUCAUUCUGCCGCUCUGGGUUGAGUGUGGUGUCACCAUAGCUCACAGUAACCUCAAACUCUGAAACUCUUGGGCUCAAGCGAUCCUCCUGCCUCACCCUCCCGAGUAAAUGGGACUACAGGCACCUGCCACGGUGCCCGGUUCGUUUUUCCAUUUUUAGUAGAGACGAGGUCUCAGUCUUGCUCAGGUUAGUCUGGAACUCCUGAAUAGAAGCAAUCUGCCCGUCUCCGCCUCCCAGACUGCUAGGGUUAUAGGCGUGAACCAGGGUGCCCAGCCUAGCACAGAGAAAUUUUAAGUAAUGGCCCACAGGUCCAGACCUAGUAAGCCGCAGAUCCGGGGUACAAAUGCCACCAAGGGAGCGCCAUAUGCAUCUUCAUUGAAGGCCCCUGAGUGCCAGAGGUGGUGUUGUUCCUUGUCAUUUGGAACCCCAUGCAGCUGGAACCCAGGCCUAGCGGGGCUGGGGCCCGCAGCCGAUUCCUGCCCCUGAAGUCACAGUGCCCCAAGGGGGCAGGGGACGCAGUGAUGUACGCCUCCACUGAGUGUAAGGCUGAAGUGACACCCUCCCAGCAUGGCAACCGCACCUUCAGCUACACCCUGGAGGAUCAUACCAAACAGGCCUUUGGUAUCAUGAAUGAAUUGAGGCUCAGCCAACAGCUGUGUGACGUCACCCUCCAGGUCAAGUAUGAGGAUGCACCGGCUGCACAGUUCAUGGCCCACAAGGUGGUACUGGCCUCAUCCAGUCCUGUCUUCAAGGCUAUGUUCACCAAUGGGCUGCGGGAGCAGGGCAUGGAGGUGGUGUCCAUCGAGGGCAUCCACCCCAAGGUUAUGGAGCGCCUCAUCGAGUUUGCCUACACAGCCUCUAUCUCUAUGGGUGAGAAGUGCGUGCUCCAUGUCAUGAAUGGGGCUGUCAUGUACCAGAUUGACAGUGUCGUCCGAGCCUGCAGCGACUUCCUGGUGCAGCAGCUGGACCCCAGCAACGCAAUUGGCAUCGCCAACUUUGCCGAGCAGAUAGGCUGUACUGAGCUGCACCAGCGAGCCCGAGAGUAUAUCUACAUGCACUUCGGGGAGGUGGCCAAGCAAGAGGAGUUUUUCAACCUAUCCCACUGCCAGCUAGUGACCCUCAUCAGCCGGGAUGAUCUGAACGUGCGCUGUGAGUCUGAGGUCUUCCACGCGUGCAUCAACUGGGUCAAGUAUGACUGCGAGCAGCGGCGCUUCUACAUCCAGGCGCUGCUGCGGGCGGUUCGCUGCCACUCCCUGACGCCGCACUUCCUGCAGAUGCAGUUACAGAAGUGUGAGAUCCUGAAGUCAGACUCCCGCUGCAAGGACUACCUGGUGAAGAUCUUCCAGGAGCUAACCUUGCACAAGCCCACGCAGGUGAUGCCAUGCCGGGCACCCAAGGUGGGCCGGCUCAUCUACACGGCUGGCGGCUACUUCCGCCAGUCCCUCAGCUACUUGGAAGCCUACAACCCCAGUGAUGGCACUUGGCUCCGGCUGGCAGACCUGCAGGUUCCGCGCAGUGGCUUGGCAGGCUGUGUGGUGGGUGGGCUGUUGUAUGCAGUGGGCGGCCGCAACAACUCUCCUGACGGCAACACCGACUCUAGUGCCCUGGACUGCUACAAUCCUAUGACCAACCAGUGGUCCCCCUGUGCCCCAAUGAGCGUACCACGCAACCGCAUUGGGGUUGGCGUCAUUGAUGGGCACAUCUAUGCGGUCGGUGGCUCCCACGGCUGCAUCCACCACAACAGCGUGGAAAGGUAUGAGCCAGAACGGGACGAGUGGCAUUUGGUGGCCCCAAUGCUGAUGCGAAGGAUUGGGGUGGGUGUGGCUGUCCUCAACCGUCUGCUUUAUGCUGUUGGUGGCUUUGAUGGAACAAACCGUCUUAACUCUGCAGAGUGCUACUACCCAGAGAGGAAUGAGUGGCGGAUGAUCACACCCAUGAACACCAUCCGAAGCGGGGCAGGUGUCUGCGUCCUGCACAACUGUAUCUAUGCUGCGGGGGGCUACGAUGGUCAAGACCAGUUGAACAGUGUGGAACGCUAUGAUGUGGAAACAGAGACAUGGACUUCUGUAGCCCCCAUGAAGCAUCGGCGAAGUGCCCUGGGAAUCACCGUGCACCAGGGAAGAAUCUACGUCCUUGGAGGCUACGAUGGUCACACAUUCCUGGACAGUGUGGAAUGUUAUGACCCAGACACAGACACUUGGAGUGAGGUGACCUGCAUGACAUCUGGCCGGAGUGGGGUGGGUGUAGCUGUCACCAUGGAACCCUGCCGGAAGCAGAUUGACCAGCAGAACUGUACCUGUUGAGCUGAUUUUAUUUUCUUGGGAAGAGAACAAAACAAAACAGUCCAAUGGAGAGUAUUGUUGUUUUUGUACAAAAACAGGGACAAGAGAAAAGACCACAGUGCAAGUAAUACUCUUCAUCCUCCAGGAAGGGAGGCUGGAUGCUGCAGUGUUUAAACAAUAGCUUGAAAGAAAAGGAAGGGCAGGGCAGGAACCCACCAGCCCCUCAGAGCACUCCCAGGAAGGUUCGAGACAACUGCCUAGAUUGUGGGAUGGGCAGAGGCAGACCUCUAGGAGAGAGGCCCCCAGACCUGCUGGCCAGAUACUAGGCUGGAGUCACACUCCAGCAUCCAUUAUUUCUUGAAAGCAGGUGCUGAGGUUAGCCUGGUUUUUGUUACUGCCAUCUUUGUGAUUCAUUCCUAGAGACCUGGAAGGGGGGGCCAGUGAGGCCUUGGGAGUUGUAAUCCCUCUGUUAAUGUGGCUCCUGGGGAAUGGUCUUGUACAUAGAAGCUACUGGAUAUCUCUGGCCUGGACAGUUAUUUUGUUGAUAAGUAACCUGUAACUUUCCAAGGAAAAUAAAGAACAAACUAACUAGUGUCUUCCACCUGGGAUGUUAGCUAGAACAUUUAAACCCAGCAACAGAAAAGGCCGUUCUCCUGAAAUGCACUCAAGUCUUUGAUUAAGACUUGUAUUUGAAACCAGUUUGUUAUCUCUGCCCAUUGCAUUUUGAUAAUGUAGGGCAUCUUUCUUUCCACAGGUAAACUGCACAAUUGUCUCUCUUAGUUUCAGCUGCCAUGGGAAACAAACACCUAAGUCUUUGACGUAUCUCCUAGGGUUCUCAAGUUCAAUCUCAUAUGUGCUAUGCAUUUUUUUUAUUAGAAUGAUAAAAGAAAGGCACAAAGUUAAGUAAGAAGUCACAGAAUUGUCUCUGUCCCAUUGAGUGACAGUUGUUGCUGGUAGAGUCCCAGGGCAAAGAUGCCAUCAAGGGUCUUCUCUCAGCAUCAGCUACCGAAUCCUUGUGCUAUACAUUUAUAUAUAUAUAAUGUGUGUGUAUAUAUAUAUAUAUAUGUAUGUAUAUAUAUAUAUAUAUUUUUUUUUUUUUUUUAGAGACAGAGUCUCACUGUACCGCCCUCAGGUAGAGUGCCAUGAUGUCACACAGCUCACAGCAACCUCUAACUCUUGGGCUUACGUGAUUCUCCUGCCUCAGCCUCUGGAGCAGCUGGGACUACAGGCGCCCGCCACAACGCCCAGCUAUUUUUUUGUUGCAGUUUGGCCGGGGCUGGCUUUGAACCUGCCACCCUCGGCAUAUGGGGCCGGCGCCCUACUCACUGAGCCACAGGUGCCACCCUAUACAUUUUAUAUUUAUUUCAAGGGAAACCACCUCUAACAUGCCUUCCAAAAUUGGUGAAAAUAUCUGGCCAUUUGUUAUGUUCUGUAAUAGCAUAGACUGAAAGUGUUUGAACCCACCUUUGUUUUAUUUAGGUACCUGGAUAUUAAAAGGGCAAAGGGGUUUCUUAGAAAUGAAACUGGUGGUUAUCUUAGGCAAGGGGUUCAAUCCCCUGGUCUCUUCUGAACAAUUUGUGUGGAGGUGGUAUGUAUGUGGCUUGGAUUUGUUCUACUAAUCAGCUCUUUGUGCUACAGUGGGGAAAAGAUGUAUGAAGCAUGGUCCCAACUCCUGGGGAAUUCAUAGGAUUUUCUGAGUAGCUUAGAUAUAUAUAUAUAUAUAUUUUUUUUUUUUUUUUUUUUAAGAGACACUUUAUCACCCUUGGUAGAUAAAGCACACAGCUCACAGCAACCUCCAACUCCUGGACUUAGGUGAUUCUCUUGACUCAGUCUCCCAAGCAGCUGGGAUUACAGACACCCGCCACAACAGCCGGCUAUUUUUGUUGUUGUUGUUGCAGUUUGGCUGGGGUUGGGUUUGAACCCACCACCCUUGGUAUGUAGGGCCGGCACCCUACCCAUUGACCCACAGCCGCUGCCAGAUGGGAAAUUUUUUUAAAAAUUUUUUUGGAUUUUUUUGGCCGGGGCUAGGUUUGAACCCGCCACCUCUGGCAUAUGGGACCAGUGCCCUACUCCUUGAGACACAGGCGCCGCCCUUUUUUUUUUUUUAAUUUUUAAUUUCAGCUUGUUUGUUCAUUCUUCAUUUGAAGUACUCUUUCUUUUUUGUUAGUUUUCUUCUUCCUCUGGUGGUGCUCUUUCCCAUUGCCUCCCCAGUAGCUGGGAUUACAGACGCCCACCACAAUGUCUGGCUGUUUUUGAUGUUGUUAGUGGAGACCAGGUCUUACUCUGGCUUACUGCUGCUCACACUGGUCUUGAACCUCUGAGCUCAGGCAAUCCACCCGCCUCAGCCUCCCACAGCGCUGGGACUACAGGCGUGAGCCUCCACACCCGGCCUGGACAGGAAAUAUUUUAUUUCCUCUCUCUCUCUCCUUUUUUUUUUUUUCUUUUUUUGAGAUAGAGUCUCACUGUCUUGCCCAGGCUGGAGUACCAAGGCAUCCUAACAGCUCACUGCAACCUCAAACUCCUGGGCUUAAGCAAUUCUCUUGCUUCAGCCUCCCAAACAGCUGGGACUACAGGUGCCCACCACAACGUCCGGCUAUUUUUAGAGACAGGGUCUUGCUCUGGCUCAGGCUGGUCUAGAACAGGUGAGCUCAGGCAAGACACCUGCCUUGGCUUCCCAGAAUGCUAGGAUUACAGGCGUGGGUCACUGUGCCUGGCCCUUAGAUUGUUCUAUUUUCCUAGAAUAUAUAGACAAGGCUACAACACCCUUUCAUAGUUGCGUUUCCUUAGGUACAAGUGUGUAUAUCACUAGAUCAGGGGAUAGACACAGUCUUACUACAUGCUACCAGAUCACCCUCUAAAAUGGUUGUAACAAAUUUAUGUUGUUGUUUUUUUUUUUUUUUGAGACAGAGCCUCAAGCUGUCACACUGGGUAGAGUACUGUGGCAUCACAGCUCACAGCAACCUCCAGCUCUUGGGCUUAGGCGAUUCUCUUGCCUCAGCCUCCUGAGUAGCUGGGACUACAGGCACCCACCACAACGCCCAGCUAUUUUUUGUUGCAGUUUGGCCGGGGCUGGGUUCAAACACUUUCGGUGUAUGGGGCCAGCACCCUUACUCACUGAGUCGCAGGCGCUGCCUCCAAAUCUAUCACUCUUUUCCUUUGAUGGUUCUUCUCUUUUGUCUCAUAUUUAAAAAUCUUUUGUUUCUUGCCAUUUUCUGCUGCUUCUUAUUCACUCUUGUCGCCUCCUACCCAUAAAUUUAAUUUCCAUUACCCCCCAAACUAACAACAUUUUGUUUUUGUUGAUUUUGUUAGAACCAGGAGUCCUGGCUGGCUGAGGUGGGGCAUGUCUGUGAUCCUAGCACUUUGGGAGGCCAGGGUGGGAAGACAGCUUGAGGCCAGGAGUUCAUAGACCAGCCUGGGCAACACAGUUGAUCCCAUACCCCCUGGAUGAUGCAGGAGGAUCACAUGAGCCCAAGAAUUGAAAGCUACAGUGAGCUAUGACUGGUCCGGAGCACUCCAGUUUGGGUGACAGUGCAAAACCUUGCCUCUCUUUUUAUUUUUAUUUCAGACAGAGAGUCACCCUGGGUAGAGUCAUCCUGUGGCAUAGCUCACAGCAACAUUAAACUCCUGAGCUCAAGCAAUUCACCCACCUUCACCUCCCAGAGUGCUAGGAUUACAGGUGUGAGCCACUGCUCCCAGCCAAGGCCAAGACCUUAUCUCUUAAAGAAGAAAGAAAAAAAGAACCAAGAGGGGGGUGCCUGUGGCUCAAUGGAGUAGGGCGCUGGCCCCAUAUGCCGGAGGUGGUGGGUUCAAACCCAGCCCUGGCCAAAACAAAAAACAAACAAACAAAAAACAAACAAACCAAGAAUGCUGCUUUGUGGGCUGGACAAGGUGGCCCAUGCAUGAAACCCUGGCAUUCUGGGAGGCUGAUGUGGGUGGAUUGCUUGAGCUCAUGGGUUCCAGACCAGCUUGAGACCCCCCCCACCCACUCUCUACUAAAAAUAGAAAAACUGGGGGCAGUGCCUGUGGCUCAACAGAGUAAGGUGCCGGCCCCAUAUGCUGGAGGUGGCAGGUUCAAACCCAGCCGGGCCAAAAAAAAAACCUGAAAAAAAAAAAAUUAAAAAACUGGGGUGCAUGUAGCUCAGUGAUUAGGGCAUCAGCCACAUGCUCUGGGGCUGGUGGGUUCUAACCCAGCCUGGGCC